AUGACAGACAUAGAACAGAGUAGUAAUUACAAGGAAUCAGUGCCUAAACUCAAGGUUAUUAAAGAUCCAGAGUUGCGGGAAAGACAUUUAGGAGAUCUUCAAGGUCUUUCACUCCGUGAAGCAGCCAAAAAAAGUCGCAAGGCUCAUCAAGCUUUUGUAUCUCACAGCCCAGAUCAAGAAAUCCCUGGUGGUGGAGAAAGUCUCGAUCAACUAUAUCAACGCUGCACAUCUUCAUUGGAGAGAAUUGGAAAGAAGCACAGAGGAGAGCGAGUAGUUGUGGUCACUCAUAGGGGUGUCAUCAGAGCACUUUAUAAAUGGGCUUCUCUAGUUGGGCGGUCUGCAGGGAAGAUCUUGAGCACCUCCAUCAGUAAAUUUCACUUCUCUGAUGGUAAGUGGACCCUACAAUCCUGGGGAGACGUUAACCAUCUGCGGACUCGUUAGCCACCUCAGCCAAACAGGAUUUUGUAACUCAGAUUUCGGCCACUAAUUUCACAUCCCGUGGGAUUUCGACAUCAUCCUAGGUAAAGAUAGUAUAGCAAUGGCAUCUGUUCAUCCUAAAGUUUUUGUGGGGGUAUCAAUAGAACUAGUCAAUCCUAACUUGUUAAUAUCAUUUCAGGUUUGUGUUGCAUCGAAAAUUAUUACGCCAACCCUUUUUUAGUCUUUGUUCUGUUCUCAGACUAAAGUUUUCGGUAGUAAUGAUUGUGUUUCUAUUGUAGCAUGUGUAG